AUGAGAGACUAUAAAUUAGUUGUGCUUGGUGCAGGUGGUGUUGGUAAAUCCUGUUUGACGGUUCAAUUUGUCCAAGGUGUCUAUCUGGAUACGUAUGAUCCCACCAUCGAGGAUUCGUACCGUAAGACAAUCGAGAUCGAUGGCAAAGUGUUUGACCUAGAGAUCCUGGACACGGCCGGUGUUGCUCAGUUCACUGCGAUGCGUGAGUUGUACAUCAAGUCGGGCAUGGGGUUCUUGUUGGUAUAUUCUGUCACUGACAAACAAUCGUUGGAUGAGUUAAUGGAGUUACGAGAACAAGUGUUGCGGAUCAAGGAUGCUUCGAGGGUGCCGAUGGUUCUCGUAGGUAACAAAGCAGAUCUUGCUGACGAUAGAGUCAUCAGUGUCGAAGAAGGGAUUGCAGUGAGCACGAAAUGGGGUAGAGUACCAUUCUAUGAGACUAGUGCAUUGUUAAGAAGUAAUGUUGAUGAGGUGUUCGUUGAUUUGGUGAGACAGAUCAUACGGAACGAGAUGGAGAAUGUAUCGAAGCAAGAUACACGUAAGGCCAGUGUCUCACGUUUACCUUCACAACAAAAACAACAGGAACAAAGAGACACUACAAAGAAUUAUCAUGAUUCAAACGAUAAGACUGGCAUGAAGAAUCGCGAGACUGUGACUAAUACUAUGUCGAGUCAACAGAACCGAGCCACAAGUAAAGCAUCAAAUGCGUCUGGUGUAAACGUUGCUCAAACGAGCAAGAAAGCCAAUAAAACGAAUGGGACCACCACUGGGACUCCUGAACCACGUACUACGAUUCCUAAACCUAAGUCUAAGAAGAAAAAGAAGAAGAAUGCAUGUGUUAUUUUAUAA